AUGGAUCAGGCUAAUUUAUCAGUUCCCGUAAAAUCCCCUACUAGAUCUCCUAAUAAAACUAGUGAAUUAAGUCUAUAUAUACGCAAAAGAGGCGUCAUUAAAGGUAGGCUAACAAAAUUGGAUAAAUACAUAGAAUCAGUCCUUUUACAACCGUCUUCAUUCAAAAAAGCCGAAUUCAAAUUACGCAUACAAGGCGCAUCUUCUCUAUUAACCGAUUUUAAUGAAGUUCAGUCUAAAAUUGAAGAGUAUUCUGAUGAUAUCGAUGAACAAUUAGAGCAUAGGGAAGAAUUUGAAACAAAUUAUUACGGUGUGAUUGCUAGGGCUGAUGAGUUGCUAUCUGGUGACAAAUCUACCGAAGAUUCUCAUAAAGGAUCUCUUAAUUUAAUGAAAUUGCCGACCUUAUCUUUACCUUCCUAUGACGGUUCCUUUGAAAAUUGGCUGGAGUAUAGGGAUUGUUACCUAUCACUAAUACAUAACUCCAAAGAAAUAAGCGCAAUACAAAAAUUUCAUUAUUUAAAAUCAUCAUUGAAGGGUAGCGCUGAAUUAGUUAUAGACUCACUAGAGUUUUCUGCAGCUAACUAUUCCGUUGCAUGGGAGUUACUCGUAAAUAGGUAUGAUAAUAAUAGAUUACUUAUUCAUAACCACGUUAAAGCAUUAUUUUCAAUCCAACCAUUGACAAAGGAAUCACCAGAGUUAUUGAGAAAGCUUAUCGACACUGUACUUAAGAAUAUACGCGCAUUAAAAAUUCUCGGUGAGCCUACUGAACAUUGGGACACACUAAUUAUUUAUAUAAUCGUUUCAAAAUUCGAUCCCAUCACAGAACGCGAAUGGGAGCAACACAAAACACUAUUAUUUUCAAUUAACACCAGUGAUUCUCAAUGUCGGUUGAAACUUCAAAAUUUGCUUGAUUUCGUUGGUCGUAGGGCGGACAUGUUAGAAACGUUAAUAGUGUCAAACAAACCGAUGCACAAUAAUAUUAAAAAACAACACAUUAAUCAGUCGCAAAAGAUACACUGUAACGUUUCUUCCAUGUCCACAAAUAAACCACAACAAAAUACAAUUACACACUACAAAUCCUGCCCUAUGUGUCAUUCCAAACAUCCAUUAUAUUCAUGCCAGCAGUUUUUAAAUCUAUCAGUUUUAGAUAGAUGUAAAAUAGUCACACAAAAUAAAUUAUGCGAGAACUGUUUACGCUUAGGACACUCGGCUACUGACUGUCGAUUCGGUCCAUGUCGGCACUGUUCGUGUAAACAUAAUACACUAUUACAUCGAGAUGACACACACUUGCAACGAGAGGUUACUGAUGGAGGCACGCAAAAUAACGCUUUAACGUUAUUCACAUUAGAUAACAAAUCGCAUGCACAGGUGUCGACUAAUAGUGAACCGGUCUUGCUAUCUACUGCAGUUCUUGGCGUACGGGACAAAAGUAAAAACUAUAUCAGCGUCCGCGCGCUUCUCGAUAGCGGCAGUCAGCGGUCGUUCAUAACACAAUCAUUAUGCAAUAAAAUAAACGCACAAUUAAUACAGUCCACUUAUAACAUAAAGGGUGUAGGCAGCGCCUUAGCGGACGCAAAAUAUUUCGAGUCACAAUCGGUCGACAUCCUAUUGGGUGCCGAUUUAUUCUGGGAUCUCCUUGAUGAAGGAAAGAUUCGUCUUGAAAAUGGUCCAUUUAUACAAAACACAAAAUUAGGAUGGAUCAUUUCGGGACCUAUAUAUACGCACACUCCUAAAUACUCACAAGUUUCAUGCAAUUUUACUCACACAUUAGACUCACAGUUGCGUAAAUUCUGGGAACUUGAGGAAUUACCGAGGGUCACUAAUGUCCUCAGUAUUGAGCAAAGGGCUUGUGAGGAACGCUUUACAAGUACCACAACGCGCACAGAGGAAGGCAGGUUUUGUGUGCGCAUACCUUUCAAGGAUAGUCCUAAAUUAUUAGGUGAAUCAUACUCUCAGGCACUGAAUCGAUUUUAUGCACUUGAGAAACGAUUACAACGCACACCCGAUUAUAAACAAUUAUACAUUUCAUUUAUGCGGGAAUACAUUGAGCUGGGGCAUAUGUCACGAAUACACACAUACAAUACUCCACACUACAUAAUGCCACAUCAUGGUGUUUUUCGCGCCCAUAGUACCACAACAAAACUACGGGUUGUAUUCGACGCAAGCGCAAGUACCACCUCGGGUAAAUCGCUUAACGAUUUACAACUUGUAGGUGCACCUAUACAAGGCGAUCUAACUGCCAUAUUAUUACGCUUUAGGCAACAUCGGUGGGUGGCAUGCGCAGACAUCGAAAAAAUGUAUCGUCAAGUGUUGGUACAUAACGAUCACCGUGACCUACAAUUAAUAUUGUGGCGCGAAAAUCCCACUGAUGAGAUAGGUAUAUACCAACUCAACACUGUGACAUACGGCACAGCAUCAGCCCCAUUUCUUAGCGUUAGGUGUUUGAAAGAAUUAGCGUCUACAACUACAAAUACAAACAUUAGUAGAAUUAUACGCGAGGAUUUUUAUGUAGACGAUUUAAUUACUGGUAACUCUGACAGCAAAGAUAAUUUAACUCACACAUGUAACGAGAUUAGUCGGAUUUUGAUGACAGGUUGCUUUCCAUUACGCAAGUGGAUAUUUAACUACAAAGAGGACUCGUCAUCAACACCAUCACAUAACUCACACGCUUCAAAGGAGUUAUCACUCGGCGAUAAUGUGCACCAAAAAACAUUAGGCCUCGGUUGGUGUAAUCAAUCUGACACAUUUAACUUUCGUACAGAAUUCAAAAUCGAUUAUGAAAUAUUAACUAAACGCGUCAUAUUGUCAAAGGUUUCUAAAAUUUUCGAUCCGUUAGGCAUGCUUAGUCCUUUUAUAAUUAUCGCAAAGAUUUUAUUACAAAGGCUAUGGUUAUUGAAAGUUGGCUGGGAUGAACCGCUACCCAAUGACGUCACUCACCAGUGGUUGCGAUUUGUUGAUAGCAUUCCAUUACUUACGAAAAUAAAUAUACCGCGACACGUAAUAGGUAACAAUUCAUUACGCAUAGAAUUGCAUAUUUUUACAGACGCAUCACAGGUUGCUUAUGGAGCUUGCGCAUACGUGCGCAGUAUAGGUAACGAUAAUAAGAUUACAGUCCGAUUGUUAUGUUCAAAAGGAAAGGUCGCGCCUAUAAAACCCACCAGUAUUCCGCGUCUCGAGCUCUGCGGAGCUUUGUUAGGUGCUAGGCUAUAUGAAAAAAUUAAACAGUCACUACGAUAUCCUCAUGACUAUUAUCCCUUAAGCCCAGCUCAUUUCUUGGUCGGUCGUCCGCUGACUGCGCCGCCGUGCUCUGAUGUUCAAGACUUCACGCCAUCAAACUUGACACGAUAUCAACGGGUAGAACAAAUACGCCAACAUUUUUGGACAAGGUGGUCCAAAGAAUAUAUAUCUGAGAUGCAAAUAAGGAACAAAUGGAAAACUCGCCAAGCAGACCUGAAGCCAAACACCUUAGUGCUCAUUAAGGACGACCACUUACCUCCAUUAAAGUGGCGUUUAGGACGCAUCAUUUCCACUCUCCCGGGCAAAGACGGGGUAUCAAGAGUCGCCGACAUAAGGACGGAGACCGGCAUCGUUAGGCGGGCAUUCUCUAAAAUAUGCCCUCUUUGGAACGAAGAAGAAGAAUUGAAAGUGGAACCUUCCAAGGCCGGGGGCAUGUUAAAACAGUAGUAGCAAAUCUGCUGUGAGUAGUAUAAUGCUCAAAGUCACAGGCGCCAUCCUCAACCACCACUGGUCGACGUCAAAUCUAGCGUCGAUGACGGCAUCAGUCAAUCGACCAGUGAGAAGCACCGCUCAUCACGCGACACAUAUGA